AAAAGGGCAAAAUGUCUGAACAGAUGAAGUAUUGCAGUCAGAUAUUGAAGGAGUUGUUCGCCAAAAAGCAUGCGGGCUAUGCCUGGCCUUUCUAUAAGCCCGUCGACGCAGAGCUCCUACAACUCCAUGACUACCACGAGAUUAUUAAAAACCCUAUGGAUUUGGGAACCGCUAAAGUAAAGAUGGAGAACAGACAGUACCGAAAGCCCGAAGAGUUUGCAUCCGACGUGCGCUUAAUAUUUACCAAUUGUUACAAAUAUAACCCUCCGGAUCAUGAAGUGGUUGCGAUGGCCAGAAAACUACAGGACGUGUUUGAAAUGAAGUUCGCGAAGAUGCCGGACGAGCCGCCGCACGGAGACACUACGGGCCAUACGGACAGUUCCGGCAGCAGUUCCAGCGGUAGUUCCACUCCCACCUCAUCCAGCAGUGAGAGUGAAAGUGAAGACGAAGACGAGCGCAAGAAGAAGAUGAAGAUAUUAGAGGAACAGUUGAAGAAAAUGACUCACGAGCUCUCGAUGUUAGCACAAGUGACCACUAAAAAGAAGGUUAAAAAGAAGAAGAGAAGGACUCGAAGCACUUCCAAGAAGGAGAAGGAAGAGUCCUCGAAGUCGGACAUUAAGAAAGAGAAGGAAGACAUAGUGGACGGCACCACUUCCAAGAAGGAGAAGGAAGAGUCCUCGAAGUCGGACAUUAAGAAAGAGAAGGAAGACAUAGUGGACGGCACGUCGGCCUCACUAAUGGCCGGCGGAAGCAAUAUAUCACUUAUCGGUAAGGCGUCGAAGGCCUCUAAAGCCAUGUCCGGCGCCUCAAAGGCCCAAAACUCUGCUCACAAG